GAGGGAAACGCAGGCAAGUUUCUCGUGCGGUGGAGCCGAAGUUAUCCUUCCAACAUCAAACCUAAUCGCAAACAAAUCUGUUCUUCCAAACAGAAGAGGAGAUUCCAGAGGGAACAGGAUCUCUCCCAGUCAGAGGCGGUGUGUGUUACCUCCCAGUGGUCUGUGGUCCUCUCCGAGCGCUGAAAAAUGAGUCUAAGCACCAGUGAGCUGGAGGACCUGUGGGAGUCGUUCGGGGACCUCAACUUCUCGGAGACAUUUAGCAACAUAUCAAGUGUGGACACAAUGGUGUGUGCAACGGCGUUCAACCGCACCGCCCUGCUGUACUCCAUGUGUGUCCUCUACACCUUCAUCUUAAUCGUCGGCCUGGCUGCUAAUGCUCUGGUCCUCUGGGUUAACAUCCGCGCGCAGAGAGACUCCACCCCUCGCCACGAGACGCACAUGUACAUCGCUCACCUGGCAGUUGCGGAUCUGUGUGUGUGCGCAACCCUGCCUGUGUGGGUGAGCUCCCUGGCCCAGCAUGGCCACUGGCCUUUUGGUGAAGUGGCGUGUAAACUCACGCACCUGCUUUUUUCCGUCAACCUCUUCGGCAGCAUCUUUUUCCUGGCCUGCAUGAGCGUGGACCGCUAUCUGAGCGUGACGCGGCACGGAGAUGAGGGGAGUGCGCGCAGGAAGCUGAUCCGCCGUGGUGCUUGUGUUGGGGUUUGGCUUCUGGCGUUGGUGGCCUCCCUGCCAGACACCUACUUCCUGCGUACUGUGAAGUCAACACACGGGGACACCAUGCUGUGCAGGCCUGUGUACCCAGAGGAAAACCCCAGGGAGUGGAUGGUGGGAGUGCAGCUGAGCUUCAUCCUGCUGGGCUUUGUCCUCCCCUUCCCUGUCAUUGCAGUGUUUUAUGCCCUGCUGGCCCAAGCCUUCAACCACUCCUCCUCCUCUUCUUCGUCCUCCCCAGUAGAGCAGGAACGUCGCGUGAGCCGCAGGGUCAUCCUUGCCUACAUUGUGAUUUUUCUGGCCUGCUGGGGGCCCUACCACGGCGUCCUCCUGGUUGAUGCCCUGUCGCAGCUGGGUCUGGUGCCACUGACCUGUGGCUUGGAGAACGUAAUCUAUGUGUCCUUACACCUUACCCAGUGCCUGUCCUUGCUCCACUGCUGUUUCAACCCCAUCCUCUACAACUUCAUCAACAGAAACUACCGCUACGACCUCAUGAAGGCCUUUAUUUUUAAGUACUCAACUAGGACAGGCUUGGCGCGUCUCAUCGAGGCUUCCAACAUGUCUGAGACUGAAUACUCUGCUGUCGCUGUAGAAAACCCACCGCAGAUAUGAACAUUACAAAACUCAAUAAGCAUUUUUUGAAAUAUUUAAAUGAUUCUAAUGCAAUAUAUACUCAUGUUAGAGCUGAUUUGCUCAGUCUACUAUCAUGUUUGACAUUAGAUGACAAGAAAAGAAGAGAAGAAAAGCCAAUCCAGCGUCCUUUUCACCGAAAAUUGCUUGAGUGAAUGAAAAGCUUGAACACUGCAAAAACGUUAACUCUGGUGGACUGAUUGAAAAGCACUUAGAAAGCAAUUUCAUUGUAACAGCUGAUACUGAAAUCGUAAAAAUGUAGUCACUCUAGUUGUAAAGCCAAAACAGUGACAGUGUGAAAUUAUUGCCAUUACUGUGUAUGUAGGAUUGUAUUGUGCGUGUAUGCGUGUGUUUGUGUGUGUGAUGUGCAAUGUACAGUGAUAGCAUCAGCAGGAUAUUAUUGUUAAUCUCUUUGUAUCUAGUUGUAUUUAUAUACAUUUAAGCUGUUUCGCCUCUUUAAUGUUGUAAUGCAAAGUCUUCACACACUGAUGUCUGCUCAGUGCUCCACUUCCUACAAUGCUGCCUCAUCGUCACAGUUGAGCCACUGACUGGCUCAGUGUUUUAGUCCUGCUGUCUCAUUUUCAAUCGUAACCUCACGUCGCAUCAGCUGAACCCUUCAGACAGAGCAUAUGAAUUGAUUCUGGUUUUAAAAUCAUGAAAAAAAAUGUUUAAAUACACGUAUUUUUUAGACUUGAGUGGGAGGAUUAAUACCACUCUCGUGUCUGUAAACUAAACUACAGAAAGCUGCUCCUCAGCUUCUCUUAGCCUACCAGCCUACUUGGUGGUCUAAAUAUUUCCAAACACUGUCUGGAGGUUUCAACUGGGACUACUGAGCUUAAAGAGCAGAUACAUGUAGCUCCUCAUUUUUCUGAAAGGUAUUUUAUGACGUUAUACCGUAUGUUGUAUUAUCUCUGUAUCUUGUGCGAGUAAAGGAUGCACAUGUGGUAUUGAUUCUGCUGCGCCGUUGCAUACGACACAGACGGCAAAAACUUUAUGACCAAAUAACAUGAAUGAAUAGCUUUACUCCUCUCGUGUAGGCAGCAGCCGUGGUUUGCAACACCCAAGUGUUUAUUAGAGACCAAAUAACAAAAAAAAAAAGAACACACCAGUGCAUUACCUUAGAGUUGUGUCUGCGCGUGAGUGGGCCGAAGCUCGUCACCAAAAGAUGACGUUGUAUGUGUCAUGAACGUUACAGUUUACUCACUGUCUGUUGUAGAAAGCAGAAAGUUAUUAUGAUGUGCUGACAUAAAUCACAGUGUGUCACGUGAUGGGUUACACAUGUAUGCUUUUACACUGAAAAGAUUUCAAGUUGCGAUUAGAAAAGAGUGGAGACACAAACAUGUGUCUACAAGACCAGAGGCAUUCCUUUGACAUUGUAAUGUGUAACAUGUUUUGUCAUUUAUUAAAUAUAGAGAAAAUGUUUCACCUCA